AUGUCCUUUGUUGGUCUUGUGAUGAACGACCCAAGAGCUUGCUAUCACAAAUCACUUGAGAAGUUUUUACCCAUAUCUGCUCGACUGCAAACAGAGUGGGUCAUGGUAUUCAUGCGUAUUCGUAUGCAAGGUUUGCACGAUAUUAUCGAUAUCGAUAAAAAUUGA